AUGUGGCUAGAGGAACCUCAAAGGCAACCAAAAGGUGCUCGGCACCCCCAGCUGAUUCCUUGGGUCCUCUCUGUUGUUUUCAUCACACUUCUCAGUGCUUGCUUUAUCGCAAAUUGUUUGGUGACUCAUCGUUACUUUUCACGCUGGAAGAGAAGAGGAGGAACGGUGAUUUUCUCUGAUUACCAAACAACACUAACGUGUGCGCGAGCGGAGCUGGAGUCCAGAGCAACAGGAGAUACCUGGAACUGUUGCCCUGCUAGCUGGAUAGCCUUCCAGUCCAACUGCUAUCUUCCUCUUAACGACAACCAGACGUGGCAUGAGAGUGAGAGCAACUGCUCAGGGAUGGGUGGUCACCUGGCAACCAUCAACACCGAAGCCGAGCAGAACUUUGUGACUCAGCUUUUGGACAGUCGAUUUCCCUAUUUCCUGGGACUUACUGAUGAGAACACAGAAGGCCUGUGGCAGUGGGUAGACCAGACACCAUUUAAUCCAUACAUGGCAUUCUGGCAUGAGGGUGAACCCAAUGACUUUAAGAAAGAAGACUGCAUCGUCCUCAUUAAUGUCCAAGACAAAUGGGCCUGGAAUAACUUCCCCUGUCACUUUCAGGCGAAUAGCAUUUGUAAGUUACCCAGAGCAACAUUCAGCUGGAAGCCCACAAAGCGGUCCUUAUGA